AUGGAGCACUUAGGGGCUCACCACCUGCACCAAGGGCAAGCCGAGCCCAUCAGCUUCGGCAUCGACCAGAUCCUCAACACGUCGGAGCCGGGCAGCUGCAUGGUGUCGCACCCGCGGCUGCAGGACUCGGCGGAUUACGGCCUGGGCUGCAUCGUGGGCAGCGCCUACAACACGGUCACCGGCGGCUACGGGACCGGCGGCGGCUCGGCCGGCGCUUACACCGGCACCUCGUGCAGCAUGGGAGCCCUGCCCGGCUCCUAUAACGUGAACAUGGCGGUGAGCAUGAACGGCAACACCUUGAGCUCGGCCGGGGGGGUGAUCCGCGUCCCGGCCCACCGGCCCGUUACCGGCGGCGUGCACCAGCCCCUCUCCGCCGCCGUGCCGCCGGUGAACGGCGUCAACAGCCUCACGGGGCUCACCUUCCCCUGGAUGGAGAGCAACAGGCGGUACACAAAAGACAGGUUCACAGGUCACCCCUACCAGAACCGCACGCCCCCCAAGAAGAAGAAGCCGCGCACGUCCUUCACCCGCCUGCAGAUCUGCGAGCUGGAGAAGCGCUUCCACCGCCAGAAGUACCUGGCCUCGGCCGAGCGCGCUGCCCUGGCCAAGGCCCUCAAGAUGACGGACGCGCAGGUGAAGACCUGGUUCCAGAACCGGCGCACCAAGUGGAGGAGGCAGACGGCGGAGGAGCGGGAGGCCGAGCGGCAGCAAGCGAACCGCAUCCUCAUGCAGCUGCAGCAGGAGGCCUUCCAAAAAACCAUCAACCAGCCCAUCCAAGCCGACCCCAUCUGCGUCCACAACUCCUCUCUCUUCGCCCUGCAGAACCUACAGCCCUGGUCCGAUGACUCCACCAAGAUCACCAGUGUCACCACUGUCGCCUCCGCCUGCGAGUAA